AUGUUUGGGAGUAAAGGUGAUAUUAUUCGAGAUCUUACGCGAAGAGCCGGGUUUGAUGAUAUGGUUUUCAUGUCGAAAAAUACCGACUCUGAAAUAAGCCAUAAUCUCAAGAUUCGUUUCGAUGUUAAUUAUAUCUAUACAUACAUUGGCCCUGUUCUAAUUGCUGUUAAUCCUUACAAAAAUGUCGAAUAUUGCCGUGAAAGUCAUAUGGAAAAAUAUCGAGGAGCCACCCAAAUGGAUAAUGCUCCACAUAUAUUUGCUAUAGCCGAAGAUAUGUUCAGUAAUAUGUUAAUUGAUUCUGAAAAGCAGUGUGUUAUUAUCAGUGGUGAGUCGGGUGCUGGAAAAACAGUUAGUGCAAAAUUUAUUAUGUCUUAUAUUGCUGAAGUGUCAGGCGGUGGUCCAAAUGUACAACGUAUAAAGGAUGUUAUUUUACAGUCAAAUCCAUUAUUAGAGGCAUUUGGUAAUGCAAAAACAAUUCGUAAUGAUAAUUCAAGUCGCUUUGGUAAAUAUAUUGAAAUAAGAUUUUCACGUGGUGGUGAACCAAUAGGUGGAGUGAUUUCAAAUUUUCUUCUUGAAAAAUCACGGGUGGUUAGUCAAGCUGAGAAUGAACGUAACUUUCAUAUUUUUUAUCAAUUACUAUCAAACAGAGAAUUUUGUCAACAAUAUUCAUUAUCCUAUGAACUUCGUUUUCAAUAUAUUAAUCAUGCAGACUCGAUGAGAGUUCCGAAAAUUGAUGAUGCAAAAGAGAUGCAGGAUACACUACACGCAAUGAAUGUCAUGGGCUUAUCGCAAGAGCUACAACAGAGUAUAUUUAGUUUACUUGCUGGUAUACUGCAUCUAGGCAAUGCUCAAUUUGGUGAUAAGAAUCAUUAUGCUACUGUUCUAUCAGAACGAGAUCUUCAAGCGCCUUGUGCUUAUUUUGGUAUUCAAACAGAACAUUUAAAAAAGAAAUUAAUAUCAAAAAAACUCGAAUUUAAAAAGGAAGAAGGUCCAGAAGUAAUCGAUCAAACAUUUACCGUUGAUAAAGCCAUAUUUACGCGUGAUGCACUAGCUAAAUCAACUUAUUCUCGAAUAUUCGAUCAUCUUAUUAAAGUAGUUAACGGUAUAUUUCAAACAAGUACUACAUCAGAUUUAACUAUCGGUAUUCUCGAUAUAUAUGGUUUUGAAAUAUUUGAGCGAAAUAGCUUUGAACAAUUUUGUAUUAAUUUUGUCAAUGAAAAACUUCAACAAAUUUUUAUCGAAUUAACAUUAAAAAAAGAGCAGGAAGAAUACAAGCGUGAAAAUAUUCAAUGGAUACCAGUUACAUUUUUUAAUAAUAUUGUUGUUUGUGAUUUAUUUGAAGCGAAACAACCACCAGGAAUGUUUCUAAUACUUGACGAUGUAUGUCUUGCCAUAAAUGCAGUGGCAGAAAAAGCUGACAAAAGUUAUAUAAAUAAAUUAAGUAGUUUAACAAAUCAAUAUUUGCUUGUUUCACCGCCAACAUUCACUGUUCGACAUUAUGCCGGCGAUGUUACUUAUCAUUCAGAUCAGUUCUGUGAGAAGAAUCGAGAUAUUUUAAAUGUUGAUUUGAUUGAAAUGAUGCAAUCGAGUACAAUACCAUUCGUUAGAUCACUUUUUCCGGAACAAACUGCAACAAUGAAAGCUCGACCGACGACAGGUGGCACUAAAAUUCGUACUCAAGCCAAUGAACUUGUAGAAAAAUUGAUGUGUUGUCAACCGCAUUACGUUCGGUGUAUUAAACCCAAUUCAAAUCAAGCACCUGCCGAAUGGAAUUCAUCAAAUGUUAUUGAGCAAGUUAAAUAUUUGGGACUUGUAGCUAAUAUUGAAAUUCGAAAAGCUGGCUUCGUUUAUCGACGUGAAUUCGCAAAGUUUUUAAGCCGUUAUGCCAUUUUAACAUCUCAAACAUGGCCUAAAUGGAAUGGAAAAGUAACCGAUGGUAUUAUGCAUAUUGUUGAUGCUAUGCAUCUGGAUCGUCGGGAAGUACAAUUUGGUAAUACGAAAGUAUUUAUAAAAUCACCGGAAAGUUUGCAUAUACUUGAAGACAUGCGUUUACGAAAAUUUGACAACUAUGCACGUGUUAUUCAAAAAGCAAUGAAACGUUAUUGUGCAGUUCGAGUCUAUCAAAAGCAACGAGAACAAGCUACUGAUGUAUUAUACGGACGGAAAGAACGCAAUGCUCGUUCACUUGACCGUGAUUAUGUUGGAGAUUACUGUAAUCUUCAUCAGCGACCUGAUUUACAACGAUUAGUUAAUCGUAGUGAGAAGACUGAUUUCAGUUCGUAUCUAUACAAAUAUGAUCGACGUUUUCGUCGACAAGGACGAUAUUUUAUUAGUACAAAUCAAGCCUUGUAUAUUAUUGACGAACAAUGUAUUAAAGCUGGUAGUAGUGGAAAACCGAAUAAUUCAAAUGCACAAAAAACUAAAGCACAGGAAGGUUAUACAUUAGAAUAUAUCGUUAAACGACGCAUUCCAUUAGAAAAUAUAACUGAGAUCAAAUUGAGUGAAUAUCGUGAUAAUUUCUUUUUAAUUUGUGUGAAUAAUGAUUAUGCAACAUUAUUGGAACUAUCGAGUAAAACAGAAGUUCUUUCCGUUAUUUCCAAGAAUUAUUUAAAGAAAAUGGGUCGUGCAUUACCGAUUACAUUUGGACAAGGAUUUGAUUAUGGAGUUAAAAAACAAAGUUGGAUUGGUGGUGGUUCACGUAGCGUUAAAUUUGCUCAUGGGCCUUCGGCAACUUCAACGAAUCAAAUCGACCCCAGUAAACUACGAAAAGGUGUCGAUAUGCCACGUGAUUAUGAUGUAAAAGCUAAUCGCACUACAAUGACUGUAACAAUUUCAAGUGGUUUAUCAAAACAAUCAAGACCGAAUCAAGUCAACGCAGAAAAACCACGCGGACUACAACUUAAAGUUCAAAACUCAACUUCUACUCGAAAGGUGUCAAAUAAACCUCCACCACCAAUUGGACCAAAACCGAAAAAACAAAAGAAAAUUCGAGCUCUGUACGAUUUUCAAGCGCGAUCAGCCGACGAACUUACAUUUUCUGCCGAAAAUGAACUACUAUUAAUUGACAAUAGCGAUGAGACCUGGUGGAAAGCUGAACUCAAUGGAAAAACUGGAGUUGUACCUUCAAAUUAUGUCGAACUGAUUGUCUGA